AUGCCGCAGCCCAUGGCCAUUUCCCUUUGUGAAGAUGUGAAUGGGGGUGCUGGGCGGAUGGCUCUGCACUUUGCAACUGGCUGCAUUGAUCUGGCCAGUGGAGGUAGGGAGCCCGUCCACAUGUUCCCUGUCGCCCGGCUCCUUGUCCGCUGCAUCAUCGCCCCCGACACCCAGCCCGCCCCCGGCCUCGGCUUUUUUUUUUUUGCGCUUUUUAUCUCUGAUGGGGCAAGUGCUCCGGAUAGUGGCGUGGGUGGUGUUGACCCCCGCCCUGGCGACCCCCCCACUCCCUUGGUCGGGCGUCCUCCCCCACUUUCCAUUCCCCUCCGCCCUUCCUUCACCUUUCCUUCGCCCUUCUUCCCUUCCUUGUCUGCUCAUCACUAA